AUGAAGUUAAGAAUUCAAGUCCUUCAGUCCAGCAUUCUGGAGAAGCAGAUAGUUAUCUCCAAACUGCAUUUAUGGCACGAAAUGAUGCAGCGCCGAAUUUUGGGUGUGGCAGGGUCUAAACGGAGUGACUUUGUUAACUACUCAUUAAGCGCUUACCCCGGGCGUUGCCUACAGGUUCAAGGGGACGGUAAGAUUCCCUUCAUUCUACUAAAGCCGAUUGGCCGAGGAGGAUUCAGCGUUGUCUGGGAAGUGAUUGACACGAUCCACUGCGAGCGUCUUGCCGCCAAGUUUACUAACUAUCCGACAGAUAAACAGGAGUCCUUUCAGGACGGAGUGCAAGCCGCUACUGAUUGGUUGAACAAAUGCUUCACGCGCGAGGUGAUGAUUCUCACUAAUGAGAAACACCCGAAUGUACGUAAUUAUGCACAACUGUGUGUGCACACACAUUUUAUGAUUGUGUUUCAGUUGCUACGAUUGUACUACCAUUUUCGAUGGCGCAUAAACUAUGCUUCUUUGUUUGGAACGGCUUUAGUGUACGAGUUAUGUGCAUACGAUUUGGGCAGUUGGUUAUCUCGGGUACCACUUGCGUCUCGACGAUUGAGUCAGAUGUUCGGUUGGCUGAAGGAGUUGUUGCAGGGCUUAAAGCGACUGCACACCGAGAGGCAUGUGGUUCAUAUGGACAUUAAGCCUCAGAAUAUUCUAGUCAGUCGUGACGAGUGCUUGAAAAUUUCGGAUUUCGGGUUGCACCUCGUUCUCGAAGAAUGUGGAACACAGCAAUACCAGGCGCAGGUGCCGAUGCAUAUGAGCUGCAAUUGGAACGGCUCAAUUUUGUACCAACCACCGGAGCAUCUGGCCGCAAUAGUUUCUUUGAAAGAGGAUUAUUCGUUAGACGCUCGAUACGACAUUUGGUCGACGGGUUGCGUCGCGUUUGAAAUGUUUUCCGAAACAUCACUCUUUCGACACUUCACUCUCAGCUCUACUGAGCAACGGCUUGACCUGUACCGACAAGUCCAUGACUACCUAAACGCCUUGGACAUUGACUCGUUCGUUGACCAACAUGUUGCCCAUCUCGGUGCUCGCAAACUGAUCAAGGAGCUACUACGACUCAGACCCGUAGGAGACGCUGCCAUACUGCUGGUCGAGAAAUGUAGUUUAAUGCCGCCAUCGACAGAUGAAGAUACAUAA